AUGUCAGACCCGUCGCUGAACGCCACUGAUGGCAAUGCCACCAAUAAGCGGAAGCGAGACAGCAGUGACAGCGCUGGCGUUCCCGAUUCACAGCGUCUAAACCGCUCCUCCAACGGUAGCAACGGCAGCGUCGGAGGAGGCCCUGACCCGCAGACUUCCUUUCCGCACAAUCCGUUGGGUGCCUACGACACCCACGGCCUUCCCACCUCCUCUAACGACAUCGAGCAGCAGAUUAUGCAACAUGUUGGUUCUCAGAAUGGCGUCUCGGACGAGAAUGCGCUCACAGCCAAGGCCGCCCUAGACGCGCAUCCCCCCCCGGCAAAGUACCCACCACUGCCGUCGGACAAUGCGUUUGACACGAAUCUGGCGCAUACCUUGACGUUUGGCGAUGAUAUGAACCCGUCAUCCCUGGGUCCCGCCCAUGGUCACAAUUCCACCGCGGCCGCGGUCUACGCGGCGCGAGAAGCCCAAAGUAUGAACCAGAAGCCGUCGGUUGGCUCGCCAGAAUGGCACCAAAUCCGCAAAAACAACCACAAAGAAGUGGAACGUCGGCGUCGUGAAGCUAUCAAUGAAGGAAUCAAUCAGAUCGCCCGCCUUGUCCCCAACUGCGACAAGAACAAGGGUGCCAUCCUCCAGCGGGCAAUUGAAUACAUCUGCCAGUUGCACGAGGAGAAGAAGAACAUGACCGAGCGUUGGGAACAGAGCAACAUGACGACAACCCAUGCCAUUAAUGAGAUCAGCGCACAGAACUCCAAGCUAAAAGCAGAGGUCAACCGCCGGGGCGAUAUUGCACAGAAAUGGCUGCAACGCUGCCGCGAAGCAGGGCUUGACUUUGACGACUACGAGGAGUCCAAAGAGCUAGAGUCCCUAGAAGUCGAUCAAGGGCAAGUCUAG